UGAUUCGACCACGGACUCAACAUGAAAGUGCAACUGAUUCUCACUCACACUCAUUAGCAGUCCAAUCUGUAGGUCAGCUCACACUCACUCAUCUUCAAGGCCCUCAGAAUGCCCCUUCUGGAGGAUCAACAGCAGGGUCGCACCCUGGCGGCUGUGUCAUGAAAAUGGUUGUCUCAAGUACCACACCAUCACUAUCAGCACUUUCUCUGGAUCCAGAGUUGACAGAGGAGGAGAAGAUGGCAAAAAAGAGGGAGUACUGGAGAAUAAAGAAACGGGAACAGCGAGCAGCUCGUGCAGCUCGACUGAGGCAGGGCAUCUUACAAGCGAGGGCCACUGCGGCUUUAAGAAUGAAGACCCAGAAGCACAUCGCUUUAACUACUGUACCAGUAGGCAGAAGUCUUACUAACCACACAGAAAACGCACAACCCCUGCCCAACAACAGUGUGUCUGUUACACCACAUGCAGAUGAGAUGAAAAAGGAGAGUGAGCUUGAGACAGCAGUUGACCUACAUUCUCAACCAGAUCAGGCCAUCUGUCGAGACACCAAGCCCCCAACCUUCCCACCAUCACCUCCAACAUCCCAGCCAGAGUCGGAUCCAGCUCUGACUGCAGAUAGCCAAGCUACCACUCUGCUGGCCGUGGCCUCUAUGAAGAAACUCCUGGAGGAAUCACUUAGCACAGUGGCCGAGUGCAAAGCUGUGCAGGCUGAGAUUAAAACAGAAACAACAGAAGAUGUCCCAGAGAAAGAGCUAAAGCUCAAUUUACCUCAGCUCUUUUUUGAAAAGGAUGAGGUGGCUCCUAUUGCUGCUGACCUGACGCUGCAGAUCAAAAGCUGGCAGCCACAUACUGGUGCCUUGGUACAGGCAGGUUCAUCAAGCCUGCAUUUGAAAGACUCAUCAAAGAUUUGUGACACACAUUCACCCCUUCCUACCUACAGUGAGGUAGCCCUGCAUUCCACCUGUGGCCGUUCCGCCCAGACCACUUCAAACUUCGCAGUAAUCCCCUCCAGGGAAGCCUCUGAUGAUCCAUCUUCACCACAUAUCAAAAAAGAGGACCAACAAAACUGCUGCUCUCCCGAGCCACCAAAGCUACAUCACCCACCCAUAGACCAACUCCAUCCACAGCAAAAGCACUGUGAACAACAGUGUCAGGCACAAGAAGAAUGCAGAAACAGCAACUCGGUGCAGAGCAGCUUGAGCAGCCUGCAGAGAAAGAGGGAGUACUGGAAGCUAAUGAAGAGGCAACAGAGGGCCAGGUUAAAGGCCAGGCAGAAGGAGACACAGGGAGAAUGCAGGAGCCGGCUUUCCCCAAGAAACAUCCAGGCUCCAGGUCUUAUCAGCACUGUUAAGGGUGUAAAUUCUCCAUCCAAACCAGCCCCCCCACCCAAGCUGUCGGUCGCUAGCCCUACAACACAUAAUGCUGAACAGCCACGUGCCAGUCUCCAGGUCAAAUUGCCCAUCGCCAGUGCUUCCUGUUCACCCAGAGGUCAGCAGAACAUCAUGAACAUUGGGCCUUCACAGACCGGGUCUGACUAUCUAGGAGCUCCUGAGAGUCAGAAAGAGGCCUCGCUAGGUUCACAACAAUGGAUGUCUGGAAGCACAGACGUAGACUCAGGCCCCUCCCUCUCUACUCUGAAACCCCCAGACAACCCGCUAUCUAGCAUUAACCUGCAACCCAUUGAACCUCCUGGUCAAAGUCCAAAUUCCGCCCUCAGUCCAAUAACAGUCUCUUGUGUUCAACUUCAGAGCCACACACAUAUGAUACAACCUCCCAACAAGUUAGCACCUAUAAGCACCAUGGGUCUACCAAAGCCAGUACCUGGGGAGUCUGAGGAGGACUUUCAGAGGAGGAAACGGGAGUACUGGAGGAUAAAAAAGAAGGAACAGAGAGCCAGGAAGGCCAUACAGGAUAAGGGAAUCGCUCAAAGGAGAGCCUCAAAAAACUGGAGACGCAUCCUACCUGCUCCUGCUCCGGACCCACAGACACAGGAUACUGGUCAGUGGGCGAACCCCUCUGAGGAGUCAGAACAUCUAAUAAGAUUUUCAGUGGAAGAAGAACCAGGGUCCUUUCCAUACUCAAAUUACACAGCACCAAUAGAAGAUGAGUCAGAGCUUCUGUUUGCUGACUAUGGGAAUAAUAAUGGUGAGGAAGUUCCUGUCUCAGACACCAUGUGGAGGAACCACUACCUCAUGGACUACGACCCGCUCAACCAGCUGCUGGUGUGCAUGGUUUGUGGGGAGCUGCAGUACUCUCACAGUCUGGAGGAGGUGAAGGCCCACAUUGACGAGGCCCACCCAGACACCCUGACGCUAGAACCUGGGGAGCGACAGCAAAUACUGGACACCUGGAAUGAGCAGGUGUCUCAGCGGGAACGCUUCUUCACCAACCAACUCCAGCAGCACAGCUGUUCCCUGACAGAAGCACACAGAAACGAAUCAGCAGAGAAUGGGGCUGCAGGAGUUAACUGAAGACCAGAGACCAGGAGAGAAAACCCACAGGUCUCUUAAAUCCAGGCAAUAAGUCAGUCACAGAAAAUCUGCCCUCACACUGACAACACAGCAAAUAGGCUCUUCAGAUGCCAAAAGACAACUUCCAAUCCCAUAAUUCCACAGAAAGCCUAAAGAGAUCUAUCAGACUAUUGGCAAAGACCAGUCAGGACAGGAGAAGCCAGGUCCUCGACCAAUCAUCUCGUCUGAUCCACUCACUGUAUAAAAUAUGGAGACCUGACAGCUGCCAGAAGUGAAGUUGCCACACGCCCCCUGGUGGUUGGUUGCAGUAUAGGUCAUAAAUCCCAUCCCCACCAUGUUAGUGGAUGGAACACGGGCCAAACUAAAAAAGUAGAUGACAAGUAGAAAUGAGACUGUAGUAAUAAAACCCAACAGUAUAAUGAACCGAGCAGGAUUGUAUUUAUUGCUUAGAAAUUUGACAUUUCAUUUGUAAGAGGACGAUUGUGUUAUUUCAUCCUUUGAAAAGUUGCAUAGUCUCACUUUAAAGUCAGAAAAAUAAACAGUCCUAGCAGGUAUAGCAGCCUCUGCAGCCACUCAUUGAUAGCCAAUCAAUGGGAUAUAAACAGUAGCAGAUGUCAAAUGGAGAAUUAUUAUACACUAAACAGUUUUUAAAAAAUGAAUAAAAUAGGUCAAAAGAAAUGAAAGUGCAAUGUCAGGUUAAGGAUGUGUUUCAGUAGCUGCUGUUAGAAUCACAUCAGAGCUAUAUUUACUAUAAAUCACACAGUAAAUUUAGAUUUAAACCCUUCAGAUUCAGCCAGUCAUAUAAAUGGUGUCUAGAUACACACACACACCUACAGCACAAGAAUUAAACACUUUAUACUGUAGUAUAUUUGUAAAAGCUGGUAGUUAUCAGUUUUGUAUAAAUGUUUUCCUGCACUACUGGCGGGUCUACAUUCAGGUUUGAGACUCUUCUAGACCCUUCUUAGUUAGUAAAUGGGCAUCUGGAAAUGUUCCAUGUGUUUUUCUAUGAGGUACUGUACCGUGCUGUUCAAACUCUGAACCUUACUUACACUCCUCUUUGACAACUUUGUAUGAGAAAACUUUUUUUUUUACCUUUCUGAAUGCUGUAAAAGCUGUCUUGCUUUUCAUAUCAACUCCACCGUGUGACGUAAAAUCUUGUGCAAUGUAAAUACAGAAAAUACUGAAGUGGUUACAAAAUGCCAGCUUUUUCUUUCUUGUACUGUUUCACAAUUUUUUUGAGCAACAUUAUUUAUUUAUUGAAUCUCCUCAUAUGUAACUGAUUAUCAAUGAUGCAUUUUCCAUAGAUAGUUCCAUUAGAAAUGUUUCUCAUUUGUGAGUAGUUGAGGAGCUAAAGGCUUUCCUGUGUGAAUAGCAAACAGAAGAACAUUUGUAUAUCACAGAUCAGCUCUGGAAUGCAUUCUCAUACUUUUUGUAUGAUUUUCAAUAAGAGUAAAAGGCUGAAAUCAUUUCCUGUUUGAGCACAAAGCUGUGGGGUCAGUCAUGCUUGGAGAAACUGAUUGCACAACCACAGCACAGUGUACCGUAAGUAGCUGGAUGUGACCAAGCUGAUUUACCUUCUGAGAAUGUAAUUCUGACUUGUUUACAAUUUCAAAGGCAAUGUUGCCUUUUCAGUAAUAAACCUUUUCU